AUGGCGCCCUCGACUCCGACUGCGCCGCAAUUCCCUCGCUUAGAUCCUCCCUCGCCAUCUCGCUCUCCCUCUCGAUCUCCUCGGCGCAAAGCUCAAUUCGCCAUUAGAGAGCUCGAUCCCCUCCUAGGAAAUCUGACGCCAGACUCUACCCUCAGAGCACUACAGGCUACAGAAACUAUCUCGGGAGGUGCUGCACAAGAAGAUGCUUUGACAUCAAGUAUUGCGGAUGCGACCCCGGCAGAGCGAGAAAUCGGCAUAAGAGCCGCUUUUGCCGCUCAAAAACUGCGGGAGUGGAAGAAUGAAUUGUCACAAUGGACUUGGCCAGGCAAGCAAGAGAGAGGAUUUGGCCUGGGGUUUGUGCCGCCAUCACAUGCAAGUGGCACGCGCGAAGAGUACCGUGGCUGUUUGCCUGGGUCCGUGGCAGAAGACUAUGAAGCCAGACUAGAGGAGAUUAGGGACAAUCUCGACAGCCUAGGAAUCGACGAGAUCAAAGACCAUGUGCUGGAAGCUCAUCUUCCAGCGUCGAGCCCGACAAAGACUUCUAGACCCGUGGGUCCUCGCUCGAGCUAUGGACGGAUGCGUGACUUCACUGCCCUGAUUACUGCGACAGUCAUCCAAGCCCUGCCAGAUCUUGCCAAGUUAAAUAUGCUGCUUGACACCUGGGAUGUGCGAUUGCAGGUACUAAGGGACCUCCCAAGAUUUCUCGAUGUUAUGCACUCUACCAAAUCCGAAAUUCAGCAGGCAUUCAGUGAGAUAAGGACACCGGAUUCUGCUCAAGUGCUGACUGGGUCGACUUUGGAUGAUAAGAAAGUGGCGUUGGGUGCACAGGUAGCGGACAUGGGGCGUCGCAUCGAUCGAUUUCUUGAUGUGCUUGAAGGGCGGGAGGAUUCGCUCCCACAGGCCUGGAUCGACAUACUCGAGAAGAUCGAGCUCGACUAUGCAACCUGGGUUGUUGAAGCAGAGCACGUUGUGCUCAAAAACAAGCUAGCGUUGAAAUCUAGCAAAGGCACCGGGUCUGAAAGUACUGUUGGAAGCUCAGAACGUCCCAGUCCGACACAUCAGGAAAGUUCAGUGCCGGAACCAGCACUGCAGCCAGAGGGUGCUCAAUCGCCUGCAGCAACUGGUGCUUUGCCUGAAGAGUCAAUCCCAGAGAUGCCUCCAUCAGACGAGGGGGAGGUGAAGGCUAAGCGCAGACCUUCUCUAAAGCUUAAUCUUGGCGACCAAAAAGGUCACAAACGGGAAGUUUCGAAAGUCUCUGUCGCUGAUUCAAUGUACUCGGCGUUCUCAGACAUCUCUAAUGCGGAGAUAAUGGACGCCAGGACUACCAGUGUGCUUCCAAGUCCCAAGAUCAGUGUUGUGGAAAAUCCUUUCCCAACGAGCAGAGCUGAGAUUGCCUGGUUUGGAUCACCAUCUGCAGCUCAGCAACAGAUGGCUUUGAAGCCGCCCAUGCUCCAGAGAGCAUCGACCGCCUCCAUAGAGGUCUUCCCGAAGGACAAACUGAAACAAGUCGUGCUCAGACGAUCUGCCAGCUGGGAUAUACUUACACAAAUGACUCAGUCGCUCGAUAAGACUUCAUCGAAAGCGUUGCAGCAGUGGACUGAUACUGAUUCAACAGUGAAAGCUCAUACUGCUGAAGUGGAAGUACGCGAAGCUUCGUCACCGCCAGUUGCAGCCUCGACGACCAGCAUUCCUCUCCCAACACCAUCCUUUAAAGUAGACCCAGUCGGUACACAGUCCAGCCAGGAACAGUCUCUCCCAGUUUUACCAAGAAGGUCGAGUAAGCGCAGCACUACGAAUGGCCACUCCCCAGUUACGCCAUUAACAAGCGGAAGCACCGAUGAGAAGGCCAAGGAGCGGCCUUCGGACACCUUGGCGGCUGAAAUGGGACAAUCCCCCAGACGGCCAAGGACAAGAGAAUCGCUUGACGAUAGAAUCCAAGAUAUUCUCACAAGCCUGCCUACAAGAAUCCGAUUGGCAAAGGAUGCAGAUGCUCGAUCCUCGUCCACGUCAUCAACCCGUGCCUCAACACCAACCGCAUCGUUGACAUUAUCACCAGCCAAAGCGGACCCAUCCAGCCGCAGAGGCAGCCUCGCUGACCCCGACAUCAAACUGUAUCAUCUGACGCGCUCUGGACAAGGUCGCGAGGCUCCUCCAGUCAAGCUCUUUGUUCGAACUGUCGGAGAUGGGGACCGUGUCAUGGUUCGGGUUGGCGGAGGAUGGGCUGAUCUCGGAGAAUACUUACGAGAGUAUAGUCUUCACCAUGGAAGCCGGGCGACAGUGGAUGGUCGACUUGAGGUUGCCAGCUUCCCCGGAAAUGGACACAGAGACUCCGGGACUUCUGUCAGCGGGACAUCGGUUUCCCAGGGACGUCGUAAGUCGAGAUCACCCACUGUAGCUCAAACGACGUUUGAGGGCACACCGUCGAGCGACCUCAUUAAUCCGAAGACUCGAUCAUCAACCCAGCGACAUCGCUCUCCUGAACGUCGCAAGAGUAGGGGUGACGGUACAUGGACACCGCCUCCGGUCCCUCCCAUCCCCUUGUCUUAUACCGUUAGCUCUCCCACGUCAACCACGUCCGCUGAUUAUGAUGGUGGCACUGUGUCCAGUCUCGUCGACCCAGAUCUGCCACUGUCAAAGGACCACUCUCAACGGACGCGACAGAAUCCAGCGACAGUGUCCCAGCCAAGAUAUUCCACCAUCAUUGGACCGGGCGGUAUCACGACGACAACUGUUUUGACUCCUCCUACCACAACAACAAACUAUACCCCUCUCGGUGCGGCUGGUCCGAAAAUGAACGCGCGACGAGCAGCUACAUAUGGGAUUACACCCGCCGCUAGCAAUGACGCUUGGGUACAAGGAAUGGUCGGCAAAGCCAGGGCAGUUAGCGGUGGCGGUGGGAGCCCCACGAUUGUCCAAGGGCCCAAUGGUACGACGACGACAACGACAACGACAACCACUACUACGAUCACCUCCACGCCGCCAAGCACGAGCCGUCGAGCAUCGUCGUAUUUCGGCUCCAGCCCGAGUUCGAAUGCCAACUCGAGCCCUGUGACAAUUUCCACCAGCCCGAGCACGAGUUCCAUUGCCAGUGACGCGAAGGCUUCACGACGUACGAGUCUUAGUGUGCGAUCCAAAGGUAACCGUAUGAGCCUUGGGGAUAUUGGGGGGAUUAAGAGGGUUUUUUUGAGAAAGAAGUCAGAGGCUGUGAAGUAG